UAAAUGUCUUGCCUUGUGUUUCAAAACAAAGAUCUGCAACAAAGUGCUCCUUCUGUCAGAUAGUUAAAUAUGUCUUUAACAUCAUAAACAGAUAACUGAAAGAAACUCAGGCACUCAAGUCACCAACAUAUACGAAGGCAAUCACAGAAAAAUGAAUCUAAUAUAUUAUGUUCAACAUAUGAAUCAUUUAAAAAAAACAACAACAAUAGCAGAAUGCUCAUUCUGCCGGAUAGCUAAGCAUGAUUUUAACAUCAGGAAUAGAUACUGAAAGAAACUCAAGCACUCAAGCCGCCAACAUAUAUGAAGACAAUCCCAGAAAAAUGGAUCUAAUAUCUAAAGUAACACCGUAUGAAUCAUUUUAGAAAAAAUAAUAUGAAUAAAUAUCAUUUACUUGAACUGAACACCUCGUUGUUGUAGUUCCCGUUGUAACUGCCAAAGGUAAUUAGAGCCUUUUCACCAUCAACUAUGGUUGAGCAAAGGGGUGGGACACUGUAUAAAGCAUCAAAUAAGCAGAAGUCAAAAGACAGUACUAAAAGUUUGUAGGUAGGUCACAAUUUAGUCCUACAUCACCACUUUUUGCUAAGUUCAAGAUCUAAGGAACAUGAAUGUGUUUCCUAAAGGCAUAUUUCAUCGCUGACCCCAAAAAUAAAUAGCAUGUUGUCAUUUAUUUAGGCUAAUGUAGAGAUAAAAAGAAUUGCAAACGAAAGUUAUGACAGUCAAUGUGUUGUAGAUAUUUGGGAGAACAACUGGGUCUGCAUGUGGGUUUGCAUAUGAAACAAAUUCAAGGUCCACGAAUUCAAAUCUACUGGAAGAAGUAUCUUCAAAACAACUAAGAUACUAAGAUUAAAAUCAAAAUGUUAUACUACCUCCGUUCUCGAAUAUUUGUAGCCCGCUAGUUCAUUUUUUAACUAAAUGGCAACAAAUAAAAAGGAACGGGGGGAGCACCAUUUAUUAAAUCAAUUAACUUAAGUUUCUUUAUUUUUCUGAGACGAGCAUUUUGAAGAGUUUUUAGGGCGCAUUCUUGGGUGAAGUCGAUCUAUCUUUAAAUCAAAAUGUUUGGCAGUUUUAUACAAAACCAGAAAGCACUAUCUUUAAAUCAAAAUAUUUGGCAGUUUUAUACAAAACCAGAAAGCACUAUAUUUAAAUCAAAAUGUUUGGCAGUCUUAUACAAAAACAGAAAGCACAAAUUCUGAUACAAGUUUAGUUUGGAUGGCAAUCAUAUUCUCGUUAUGUCGAGCAAUAAUAAUACAACAAAGAAUUUCAUGAGUUAUAAAGUUUUAAGCCCGCAAUCAACAAUAAGAUUAGAUGUACUUUAUGACAGUUUAAAAAAUAAUUGAAGCCAACUUGUUACCUCCCAGACAAUAACAGUACCUUUUUUUGCUGCUCCAACAUCCUUGUCCAUCAUUUUUGAGCUUUCGAUCCAAUGUUACUGAGGGCAGUAAGAACAAUCUUUGCUGCACCCAGUCUUUGAAAGGAGUGUGCACUGUUGCAGUUCUCUGAAUAUGUAGACAUCUAUGGACGUGAACCUGGAAAAAUAUAAUUGCCCUGAAAUUACUAAAAGAAAAAAAACAAAAAGCCAUAAAAUGAAAUAAACACAAAAGAGUUCUGCAUAAACCACCAUGGGAUCAACUGGAUUUUGGAGGGCUAAGUAGUAAAAUCCUGAGUUCAAAGGUAGACUGUAGGCCUGUAGAUAAUUUCCUUUUUCUGUUAAUCUUUCUAGAACAGAAUACAAUGCAGAUAAACUAGCAGGGGGGGGGUGCUGACAUAAAUGUAGGUGUGAGAUGUGCUCACGAUGUAUAUGGUAUAUGUAUUUAUUUGGAAAAUGGCAUUUUAAAACAACUUCUUCAUACAAUUUUUUGUGGCUUAACUAUGGCAUAAUAAAUUUCUAACAUAUUUUCAUGCAAACAUAAAAAAGAAAUGCUCACAGCCAAACUCGAGGAUGAAGUUGCUAGCAUUCUAAUAGAAUCACAAAUAUACCUGGGUAUCACGGAAAGUAGCCUCAUCCAUUGUUUGUUAGAUUAGAUGCCCCAUCUCCAACAUUCUUGCAUCUCUCGUCAUAUUUUGUAGAAAGGGAUUGGACUUGAAUAUAGAAUUGAUAGCUGUGAGUUCAUAUAAAACAACAUUAGAACAAAAAGUGGCCACUCUUACAUGCCAUCGUACAAGGGACUUCAUAGGACAUAAUCAAACUAUAACACAAAUUAUAAUGCUCAAAAGUCUUCUAGCUUCUACCUAAGUAAUAUAUGACAUGUUUCCACUAAAGAUGACCCCAUGAGAUCUAUAGACUUGUAAUAAUUCCAAGAGCAUGUAACAAUAGGCAACCUGUACAAACAAUGUGCUUGACAUAUCACAAAACAUAACGAUGUAAAAACACAGUUCAAUAUGAUGAGGCCUGAGAUAUAGAGAUUAAGUUUCGUCGCCCUUUUCUGCUUCUGCAAGCACUUCAGAAACCAUAAGCAUCUUUUCUAUGAACCAUAUGGUUAUCUACACAUGCGCACAAGCAAAAUUGUACGCCGCCGCAACACAAACUUGCAGCAUUUUAGAGCAAUCUUGACAAAUUAUCCAAUAUAUAAACGAUAACUUAUCCAUUGAUGACCUUACUCACCACUGAUUAAUUAGUCAGCAAGUGGCACGUACUUGUCCGCUAAAGCUAGCUUUCAUACCUACGAAAUGUGCAUAGGGGAAUAUAGACUUACUGACAUUCUUUGCAUACAUUACAUGACUGUCUCCAUCCGACUGAAGAAUUUACAACAAAGACGUAUCAAAACUUUUUAAUAGGAAAAAGUUGACCUACCGGGAUAAAACAACAAAGAUGUAUAGCGAAUUGCUCCCCCAGACUGAAAAUUCAAAAAAUAAAAACAAUAUUUCAGUUAGUUUGUAUCAUACAAGGAUAUGUAUUUUAGCAAGAAAUUUUAUUGAAACAAAGAAACAAAAAUAAAUAGUCAAGAGUGAUACUUUCAGCUGUGGUGAUGUAUAACACAAAAGAAAAAACCAGUUUGGAUGGACAUAUACUUGCCUUAAUAGAGAAAUAGGCCCAAACAUUUGGUUUGCUUUUAAAGUUUAACUUCGGAUGGAAAAGACAAGAGAAUAUAAGUUAAAAAAUGGGUAAGCACAGCUAGUGGAUCAUCAAAACGAUAUUAUAUAGUGAAGUAAACCAACCUCAACUCUUUUUAAAACAAUGGACUGUCCAAUUUACAAUAAAGCGAGAGGUAAUUCUAGAAAUAUAAUUUCAUCUCAAUUUCCUAUAUCAGUAUAUUAUCUUAUAGACCAACUCACUCUUUACUUGCUCUAACACAAAUUCUUCUAGAGUCGUAAUCUCAAAGAAAGUGCUGAAGCUUGGAAAAAAUCUAAAGGCUGAACUAAAAAAAUGUUAAUGAAAAAGUAUCUAUAGCACGUCAAAUAAAAUUAAACCAACAUGCUUCAGAAAUCUUGGAAGCAUGACUCUGAGUAGUUGUUCAAGCACUUGGCUACCACUUGAUUCAAUAGCUUCAACUGGUAUUUCCUAUAUAUUAAAGCCGGAUCGAAAACGGGCAUGAGAAUGUGUCCACGUCGCUUAUAAAAUUUUCAGCCGUCUGAUCGCUUCUCGACGGUGACGCGCCGCUCUCCGUUUCACGACGCAACGAGAAGGUUCUAGCUCCAUCCUCUCCGGCUAAACACACUCCCGACCCCGUCAGAUGUCGCGCCUAUAGCCAUGCUUUCCUCCACCGCCUCCACCACGACGGCGCUCUCCCGCCUCGUUGACCACCUAGGUCCCGGACCCCACACUGCUGCACCGUGUGUUUGGGGGCGUCUUCGACCUCCUCCCUCGCGGCCGCCCACGACGCCGCCUCAGCCCUCCUCGCUUCGCCUCAUCCUGCAGUUGCCGCGCACGCUGCGGCCUCCCUCGCCCGUCUCAUCGCCUCCUGCCCCGACCUCCUCCCGUCAGAUGUCGCCCUACCGCUCCAUAUCGCGCCCCUCGUGGCCUCCCCGCCCCACGACUCGCUUCCUGUCUCGUCAAGAUAGUCUCCGUGCUCGCGACCUGUGCCCUUCACUCAGGCUCUCGCUUCCCGGCCCACGACCACCCCUUUGUCCAGGCGCUCGCGUCGGGGUCUGAUAGUGUGCACGGAACUGACGCGGCAGGCAACAGGCAGCAGGGAUGGUUGCCGAUGGGGGUGGAUUGGGUGCUCUAGUUCCUGAGGCCGUUCGUUGUUCUCUGUGUUAUGGAAGGGAGACACUGUAUUUGCGAGGGAUUUGAUCGGUGCACUGGCCGCAACAGCCGUGGCAACAUGGAAGGAUGGUGUCGUGAUCCCCCUUCUGAAGAUGCUCCAAGACAACAUGUUGCAUUUCGGCCGCGGGGACGAUCAGGUAUCUGUGUGGUCUAAUGUUCAAGGAUUAUAUAUUCUCUUACUCCUAAUGAUGCUGACAUGUUGUAGUUGGCAAUUAUGUGAGCUGUUGUGCAAAAAGGAGCUGCUACCAGUGUUCGGCUAGGCGCCGACUAGGCGGCGAUUAGGCGCGCCUAGGCGCUAGUCGAUAGGCUGCCGCGUAGCCUAGGGUCCUGUGCGGCGUCUAGGCGACCGCGGCGACUAGGCGGCGCUCAGCCGCGCCUAGGCGGCGAGUGGGCGGCGCGCAGGCGCCUAAGCGGGCGCGCAGGCGGGCGCGCGACAAUUUUUAGCGCGCGCGCGCGGGAGUAUUAGCGCGCGCUGUGCAGCCGCUCGGUCUCCCUCCCACACGGUCAUAGAAAUUGCUCCCCCGCCGGCGCUCAUCCCCUCCUGCUGCUCCCCCGCCGGCUGCUCCCCUCCCUGCUCCCCCGCCGUGUACAAGUGAAAGAAAUCAAAGGAUUAAGGUUUAAGGAUGUCAUCAGAAACUGCAGCUGCACCUUCUGAAACUGAAGCAGCUAGAGUGAAUCUCCUAAAAAGAAAUUCAGAUGAUGUUGGAUGGGAAUAUGGUGUUCUUGUUGAUGCUAACAACAAAGACAAGGUGAAGUGUAAGUUCUGUGACAAGGAGAUGAGGGGAGGGAUUUAUAGGUUGAAGGAGCAUCUUGCCCAUGUUGGAAAGAAUGUGAAGAAAUGCACGUCUGCAACACCGCAGGCUCUAGAGGCUAAAGAGAAGUGCAAGAAAGCAAUAGAGGCUGCAAAAAGGAAGAGGGAGGAGAAGACUGUUCGUGAGCUAGAACUUAGAGAGGAAGUGAAUGUAUCUAGGGUUGGAGAGGAGUCAGAAGAAGUCACUUGUGUUAGAAGCUCACAGCCUCACAAAUUAGGGCCAAUUGACAAAUGGACACGUGCUAUUGAUCCUACCAAGGCUGAUUCAUUCAAACAACAGCAGCUGAACAAGGAAUUAUGGAAAGAAAGAGAGCAUGAGGUGCACAAGUUUAUUGCAAGAUGGGCCUAUAAUCAUGGAAUACCUUUCAAUGCAUGUGACAAUGAUGAGUUCAAGCAAAUGUGUGAAGCAAUUGGACAAUUUGGACCAGGACUUACACCUCCAACUCAAGAUGCCUUUCGAGGUAGUUUGCUGGAAGAAGAAUAUGAAAGAACCAAGUGUUUGUUGCAGGAACGUGAAGCCGAGAAGAUGAAAAAUGGGUUUGAUGCAAGUACCACGUGUUUGAUGCAAGUAGUCACUGACAAUGCCUCUAACAACAUGGGAGCAAAGAAGCUAUUGCUUGAGAAGAGACCACAAAUAUUUUGGACCUCUUGUGCAGCUCACACAAUCAACUUGAUGCUCCAAGGAAUUGGCAAAUUGCCUCGGUUCAGGAAAGUGAUUGACCAAGCCUUUUGGAAGGAUGUGAAGCUAAUGUUGGCUGUUUUUGAGCCAUUGGUCAAAGUCCUCCGUUUGGUUGAUGGGGAUGUGAAGCCAUCCAUGGGUUUCCUUUAUGGAGAGCUACUAAAGGCAAAAAGAGAGAUCAAAGAGGCCUUUGGCAAUGUUGAGUUUCGAUUCAAAGAUGUUAUGGCUGUAACUGAGAAGAAGAUGAAUGGAAGACUUGAUUCUCCAUUGCAUUUGACAGCUUUUUUGCUGAAUCCACACUAUAGCUAUGCUAACCCAUCAAUAUUUGAUGAGCCCAAAAUGAAUGAAGCCUUCAUAUCUUGUGUCGAGCAAUUUUAUUAUCAUGAUGAGGACCAACAAGAACAGGCUGCCAACUUUGAAUUGAAAAAAUUUCAGAAUAGAGAAGGACCAUUUAGCAAGAAGCUUGCAAGAACUUUUCAAAACUAUGAUUACAAUCCAGCAUCAUGGUGGCAGUUAUAUGGAACUGAAACAUCAGCUUUACAAAAGAUGGCUACAAGGAUAUUAUCUUUGACAUCAAGCUCUUCUGGUUGUGAAAGAAAUUGGAGUGGGUUUGAAGGGAUACACACUAAGAAGAGAAAUAGGCUGACUACAACCCGCCUCAACAAGUUGGUCUAUAUUCAGUUCAAUAACAGGCUGAUGAAUAACAGAGAAAAGAUUAAGUCAAAGAAAAUCACUGAUGUUCUCUUGUCUAGUGAUACAACUGAAGCUCAAGGUUUUCUCCAAGAGGGUGGAGAUGAUUGUGCACAAGUUGUCUUUAGAGAUGAGGAAGAUGAGAUGGAAGGUACAGGGAUACCUUGGUCUGUUAUUGGAGAGGCAGUGGGAGCAGAAGAACAGCUUGAGCCUUGUAGAAGUGCAAGAGUGAGAGAGCUCUAUGAAGGAGAAGAGUUUGAGUCUGAAGAAGAAGAGUAUGAAGAUGAAGAUUUGUGCUAUAGUGAAGAUGAAAUAUGAUCUGGACCAUCUCCAUCUAGUAGUGAAGCCUUUUGUGAUGCCCUGGUCUUAUGAACUGCAGCUGUGUCACUUUGUGUCUGUGUGUCUUCUUUUGUGUGAGACCUGAACUAAGAACUAUGUGCUUGUGUUGUCCUUUAUUUAUAAAUUGUGUUCUGCACUUGUAUUA